CUGAAACUUGGAAAUUCUGUAACAAAUAAAUAAAUAAAUCAAUCAAUCAAUCAAUUAAUAUCAAUAAAAAUCAAUAGUUAAAGCAAAAUGUCUGAUACUGAAAACCAACCCGAAGAUUAGCAAUUAUAUGAAUAAGAAGAGCAGGAUGAUGAUGAAGGUGUAGUUAUAGAAAAUCAUUCAGCUCAGAACUCUUCCCAGCAUUAAAACAAUUCUUAAGAAGAAAAUAGGCGCUACCAAGAACAUCUUGAAGAAAAAGAUGAAGAGAAUAAUAUAGAAGAUUUUAUUCCUGAUAUUGAUUAAAAUGAAGAAUAAGAAGAGAAAGUUGUUAGAGCUUAGAAUUAACCCGUGAAAUCUCUUACUUCUUUCGGUAGUUAAAAGUUGAAGCAAUAAGCAAGCAAUCCAAGUUAAAACGAUUAAGCCAAAGAAGUUUAAAGAUAACCUAGUGCUUAAGAGGAGAUGCAAAGCAGUUAGCAACAAGGGAUAUAGCAAAGCUAGCAAAUUUAGAGAUAAACAUCCAACCAUUAACAGAAAUUAUAGGAAGAAUAGUAAAAUUACUAACAAUAGUAAUAAAAGCAAUAGAUUUAAAGAUCUUAGUCAUAGUAAGACUAAAUAUUGUUCUCUUAAUUUUUGAAUGAAAUUUUAGAUUAAUACAGAACUGUUUAACGCGCUUUUAAAGCUAUUGACAGACACAAUAAAGGAUUUAUUGAAUUGAAUGACUUAGCAAUCGAGAUAGCUGCACGUUUCGGAAUUGAAAAUGAAUCUUAAUAAAAGGAAAUUUUUGUAAAACUUGGUCAUGGCAACUCUCGUAUAAACCGCGAGCUAUUUGAAGAGGCAUUCCAUGACAUUGUUUAAGAUAGAUAGAUUCAGUAGCAACAGUUAUUUUCAUCUAUGAAUGUUGUUACAUAGAGCUAUGAUCCUACACAUUCUCCUUUCAAGGACAAGCAAGAAAGAGAAGAAAUUAUAAAUAUUUUUGCUAGCAAUAAGAAUGUGAAUUUAGAUGAAGCAAAUAAAGUAGAGCACUUUACUGAAGACAGUAUGUAUGCUCCAGUAAUUCGUCGUCUUCGUUAGCAACCAAAUUUUAAUGAAUUUGUUCGUUCCUAUAAUAACCUUUAAUUCCCUAAGCUUAAUUAAUAAAAACAAAAAGGAGAAGUUUCAUAUUAGCCUUUUUCAUAGUUGCACUCUCUUCCAUUUAAUGCAAACGCCGCAUCUAUUUCACAGCAACAAUUUUUAAUGAGACAUGAAUUAUUCUAAAAUACUUCUUCAUCUCGCAAUUACAGAGGAGCUUAGAGUCUCUUAGAUGAAUACAGACAGUCUGCCCCACAAAAUUAAAAUUUUGCUCAAAACAGCGGAAGUCCCCUAAGAUAGCUAAAAAUCUCUACUCAUACAUUCUCUCCAAACAGGUAUUAUAAGAUUUUAGAUAGUCCUAAAGAGUUUGCCUUUGAAAGAAAGUUUAACAGCAACAACAAUAAUUAUCAAACUUUAGGGUAAGCCCCUCAAAACCCAUAGAUUAGAGUAAAUCCUGGCGGUAGACGCUUCUUGAGUCCUCAAUAUGCACGUAGACCCAACUAAACAUUCUUAGGAUUUGAAUUUGGAACAUAAAACUAUUAAUCCUAACUAUUUGGAAACUAAAUGAAAUAGAGUUAAGGAAAUUUCAUGUAUAAACCAAAAAGAAAUAAUUUGAGCAACUCGAAGUUAUUCGCUUCAUAAGAAAUCAAUUUAAAUAAAGACACAGAUUUCCUUCAUAGAAGUACUUAUCUAGCUUCUCCCAAACAAUCAGCAUAAACUUAUGGAAGCGGAAAUCCUCUCUUCUAGAGCUUGAGUUUUGGAGGCAAUAUGCAAUAAUAUAAUAAUAACAUAUUUAGCGGAAUAGAUAACCCCUUAAAUCAGAAUGCUAUGUCUUAGAGUGCUUAUGCAGGAUAAAGGAUUGAUUUGAGAUUAUCACCAAACUAAAAUCGUUUAGGCAAGCUAAAAAGAAAUGUUAACUUGGGAUUGGAAAACAUUUCAUAAUUAAAUAGACAAAAUAGACUUGAUGUUCCAAGCAAUUUGAAUUAGACAACCAGUUUUAAUAGUGCUCCUAGAAAUAUUAAAGAUCAACUUAAUUAAUAUCUUUCAUAAUUAGGCUCAAGUAAUUACAGUAUCAAUACUAAGGCCUAACCCUCUCCAUAACGUUACAGACCUAACAAUUCUAAAAACUCCAAAACAACAGCUGCUUAUCCUCUUGAUGACGAAACUGAUAGAUUUGGUGACAUAUUAUCUCGUCUUGGAGGCACAGGAUAAGGAAGAUCCAAUAAUAGAUCUCUAGAGAGAAGAAGAAAUAAUAGAAAUUUUAAUCUUGACAUAUUGGGAGGAACAAUGAGCGGAGGAGCUAAUGCUAGUCCUUUCAAAAAAUCCUAAAGUCCUACACAAUUUAAUUUAUCUCCUUCAGGUCCAAAAGGUGGUGUUGUUGGUUAAAUGUAGCGUGUUAAACAAAUUUAAGCUUCCCUCAGAGCUUUACCUAACAAGUAAAAAGUGAAAUUCUCAAGACCUUCUAAUUCUAAAAAUAAUAAUUACUACAAUUGA